CAGUCGCGAGUAAAACGAAGCGAUGGAUCGUCAGUCCUUUCCCGAAUAGCGAAGCAGCACUGCAGCAAAAGCUAUUUUUGCAGAUCAAACUGUGUUGUUGGCGAUAGUAGUUUGUAAAGCGAUUGUGAUCUGUAGUUUAGCAAAACUGCUUCCGUAAAAACACUUUUCCACAAUUCUGCAGCAUUAAUGGUAAUGCAUGCAACGAAUCCAUCCAGAGUCAAUGAUGGGUGUAAUGAUCGAAGAGAUCCUCAAGCCUGCCAGUCUGUCAAAUACCAAUCAAAGGGUCAAUCAACAAAUGACCAACGCCAUGAGAAGAUGCGAGACUCAUCAGACUCUACCCCACCAACUAAAAUGCUGCGGCGAUCAGACAGUCCAGAAAACAAGCACAGCGAUGGAACACACAGCCAAACAACAGCACUCCACAUUCAUCGGCCUCGAGAGAGGGAGACCGGUGUCAGUUCAUCUCCACAAGAAAACUCCCAUCAUGUCUCAAUCUCUCACCCUCAUCAGAACAGAACUUCAGAGAUGCCCCGGGAGCCAGCGGAUGACUGGUCAGAGCAUAUCAGUUCCUCUGGGAAGAAGUACUAUUACAACUGCAGGACAGAGGUUUCUCAAUGGGAGAAACCUAAAGAAUGGCUGGAGAGAGAACAGAGACCGAGAGAUGGUGCGAAGACUGUGGUUAACAGCUUUCCCAAAGACAGAGACUAUAGACAAGAGGCCAUGCAGGCCAGUGCAACAAGUUCCCUCAGUAGUACAAAAUCUACUCAAGCGGAGAAGCCGACAUCAAACUCUAGUUAUUCUCAGCCUUCAUCCAUAAACCCCUCCAGUACACCCAGCUCCUCCUCGUCCUCCACAGUGGCUGUGUCACCUGCCUUGCAGGCUUCAGCCUCCACUCUGCUCCAGGACCCAGCACUCCUCCGACAGCUGCUGCCUGCACUGCAGGCCACCCUGCAGAUGAACCAUGCCAACAUGGACAUGAGCAAAAUCAAUGAAGUCCUCACAGCCGCUGUCACACAAGCUUCCUUGCAGUCUCUGCUUCAUAAACUUCUCACUGCUGGACCAUCCAAUUUCAACAUCACUACUCUGCUUUCCCAAACUGCUCAGCUGUCCACACAAGCUCAACAGUCCAGUCAGUCGCCCAUGUCAUUGGCAUCAGAUGCCUCUUCACCGAGGUCGUAUGUGUCUCCUAGAGUCAGCACACCUCAGACCAAUGCUGUCUCUAAACCCCUGCACAGCUCUGCAUCCCUCUCCUUUCAACCAAAGGUUACUGCAUCAAUUCAGAGAUCAGGAUCAACAUCCCAGCAGUCAACCAACUCUGACAAACAAUUCAGUGAUCCCCGUCUUCACAGGCAAAUUCAAGAGAGUUUGUUGGGCUCUAAUGGCAGUGCGGGCAGCAGCAGCAUCCCCGCCCCAGUCAACACCCAUCGAACCCAGAGCACUUUUACUCCUUCUCUAGCAUUGCACUUUGAUGAAAAUCUCAUCAGACAUGUUCAAGGCUGGCCUGCAGAACAUGUAGAGAAGCAGGUCUCACGUUUGCGUGAGGACAUCCACAACAUGGGAACCCUCUACAUGUCAGAGAUCUGCACUGAACUUAAAAAUCUUCGCUCGCUUGUGAGAGUGUGUGAAAUCCAGGCCACAUUGAGAGAGCAAAGGAUUUUGUUUUUGAGACAGCAGAUCAAAGAACUUGACAAACUGAAGAAUCAGAAUUCCUUCAUGGUUUGAGGGAUCAUUAUGGAGCUCAUGGAACUCUCUCCAAAUGAGUUCAGCCACUGGCUGUUGGGACCCCUGCUCUCGGCCAGAGCUCUCAGAACCGCAGUUGCACUGUAGGCUGUAGUGCCUGAAAUAAGACUGAGAGAAGGGAAGCUGACAAAAGUGCUUAUCAUGGCAAAAUGAAGCCCUGAGAAUAAAUUAAUUUGAAUAUCCUUUGUACAUCACUUCUCUAUUCUCAGAUACAAAUGUGAUAAGAGAUAUGUGCAGAGAAGCACUCUUCAACCUAGAGCAAGCAAUGAGGAAUCCUACUUUACAUUGGAUCUAGCGAUUCAUGUGUUGGUUCUUCAAGGUUUUGCUUGUGUUUGUAUAUCCAAAAGUUUAAGCUGUCAAGUUCACCGAAGGUUUAAUAUACCUCCAUCCUGCAGUGACUGACAGUGAAUUUGAAUAAUGUCAGAAGGGCUAUCACUCUACAAGGAUGAUAGGGCACGUUUUGUUUUGAUUUUCCAGCUGUGGUGGCGUUAAAGUGACCAACUGAAAUAAACCUAAUGUACUUCUGAGUAUUCAUUCUUAAAUUUUAGGCAUGGCUUGCUGACUCUCAGCAGGAUUAUUUAGGAUGUACAAGUGAUCUUCCUUAAAUCGCAACAAGCUUGUUUCUCUGAGAGAUACGAAAGCGGUGCUUAGCAUUUCUGAAAUGAUGACAGGCACAUAAAAGCUUUUGCUGUUGUGGUAGACACACAUUUGCUGAGAUCCUGAAUGUGUUUGGUCGAUAUAUGCCUUUAAUGUCCCUGUUCUGUACAGUUAACACAUCUAACAGAGAUUACUUUCAUGCUGCACCCCAGCACUCUUUGACUAUUUUUGCAUAAUUUUUUUUGUAUUUGUUUAUAUUUGCUCAACUGUACUUUUAACUCAUAGAUUUGAGUUAAGCCAUUCCCUUAUUUCCCAAGUUUAGGAAGUUGCAGUGAAAAUAUUCUAUAUUUCGUACAUGAGCUAUUGUUGCACAUCAAAAUUGCAUCCUUUAAGGAUGGAAUAGGACCAUGGGACUGUGCAAGCUGGUCAGCGGGGUAUAAAAUGGAGAACCAGAUCAUGUUUUGCUCCACUUUCACAUAAAAUAUCAACCAGUUUUUUUUUUUUUUUUUUUUUUUUAAAUCAGUAAGCGCUUGGUCAAUUUGUCGGUUUGUAUGUGGCAAGAAUGCAAAAAAUAGCAAAAAGGGGGAAUCCUCUUAGAUGUUCGCAGUGUCAUUCAUAGUUUCUGAUCCACUGUCCUUUCUGAUCCGGUUUGACCUUAGACCAAUUUAAAUGCUUUAGAUUGUGUAAAUAGAGAUCUCAGACUAGAGAUGAGUAUGUUGCUUUGUAUAUUAUGGUUUCUAAAAGUUACAGGAAAUAAACAUUUACCACAUUAUGUUUUGGCACGU